AUGGGUCUCGGUCCCGUCAUGGCCCGUGCCAUCGCUGGUGUCAACGGAACGUGCUACUUCCUCACGUCACUCGUGGCUCUUCCGAUGGUUGAGCGUUUCGGCCGUCGCCCGCUCAUGAUCUGGACUGCUCUCCUGCAGGCGUUCACGUUCGCGAUCCUCGCGGGCCUGUACAACAUCACGACAUACGAUGCCAACAAGGUCGCCCAAGGUUUCAGUGUGCUCAUGCUGUUCCUGUUCAACACCUGGUUCUCCGUCGGAUGGUUGGGCAUGACGUGGCUGUACCCUGCCGAGAUCACGCCUCUCGCGAUCCGCCAGCCGGCAAACGCGCUCUCGACUGCAACCAACUGGAUCUUCAACUUCAUGGUCGUCAUGUGCACGGGACCCAUGUUCGAGAACAUCGGUUGGGGAACGUACGCCUUCUUCGCGUGCUGCAACUUUGUCAUCAUCCUGCCCGUCGUCUACUUCUUCUUUCCCGAGACCAAGGGCAAGUCGCUCGAGGAGAUCGACCUCAUCUUCGCCUACGCCUACGAGCACCACGAGAACCCCGUCAAGGUCUCUACCUCGAAGAAUCUCCUCCCCAAGGGCGGAUCGCGCGAGGCAGAGGUCAUCCUGGGCGGUAUCCAUCACGAGAAGGUGCAGCACGGCGAGGCGUAG